AGCUGUCUGUUAGUUAACGGGCUAUAUUUAGCUGAUAGCCUUAUCGGAUCAGAUGUAACUUGCAGUCCAACAAUAUAGAGUUAAGUACACAUAGUUUAUGCUGGUCUCAUGCAAACAUUAGCUGGGAGACUAGUUAGUCAACCAGGGAAGCUCACUUGAACCCCAUCUUUGUUAUUUCAACACAUCCUGGAUUUUCUGUAAGUAACGAAAACACAGGAUUCAAGAAAUGUCUUCAGAUGAAGACAGGGCCAAGGAGAUUUUGAAGGGCUUCAAACUAAACUGGAUGAACCUCCGAGAUGCUGAGACGGGCAAAGUGCUGUGGCAGGGAACCGAGGACCUCUCUGUUCCAGGAGUAGAGCAUGAAGCUCGUGUCCCAAAGAAGAUCCUGAAGUGUAAAGCAGUGUCCAGAGAAUUAAACUUUUCUUCUUCAGAAAAACUGGAAAAGUUCAGACUGGAGCAGAAAGUGUUCUUCAAAGGACAGUGUCUGGAAGGUAAUCUGGACUUUUUAAAGAAUGGUUCUUUGAGUUUGGGUUUGUUAUCCCCAACUCCACCAACACAUGGCAGUCUCUGAUAGAAGCAGCUCCAGAGUCCCAGAUGAUGCCAGCCAAUGUUUUAACCGGUAAUGUGAUCAUAGAGACCAAGUUCUACGAUGACGAUCUCCACGUCAGCACCUCCAGGGUACGACUUUUCUACGUCUGACCUCUGACCCUCUGACUCUACCCUCCAAAAUGCUGAUGUCCUGCCAAGUUCCCGAGGUUAGCUACAGCAGUAAACGGCUCAUUGCUUACUUGGGACCAGCGCGUCUGGAUGAAAGCCAGCUGUGGUCCACAAGCAGUGAAGUAAGCUUUGUGUUUGGUUGUUCUCUUGUUUUGUGCUGACCCGAAAACGUCCUCUAGAACUUUGGAGAAGAGGUGAGAAGAGGAGGGAGCCCUCUGCUGUGCCCUCUGUUCGGACAUCCUCUCUUUCUGUUUAUCCCCUUUCAGACAUUUCCACUGUACAUACAUUGUUCACCUAUCACUCUCUGGUUUGGGCUUCUAUAGAACUGUGCUCUCUCAUUCCAAGGUUGCAUCUACUCAGGAACAGCGCAUCAGACGUGUAACCUUUCUGUUUGGGAACAACUCUGUGUGUUGUCACCGUUGAAGGACCAAGUUUAGUGCCUCUCCUGAGGUACUUUCCUUGUCAUUAAACCGUUAGCUGUGUCCCACUACAGAGGUCUUUCGUCUCAUAGGAAGAACACAACAGGUUUUUUGUUUGUCAUCUUCAAUAUCACAAAACCCUUUGCACCAGUGACGUUUAGUAUACUUGUCAAUUCCAAAUAUUUGUGUAUAUCAUCAGUAAAUUGAACUCUACAUUGGCAGAGAUCAACUCUAAAAUGUCCACUUCUACGAGCUGACAAGGGCUGCCUGAAUGCAUCGUGAACCGUGGUCUCUGUGAGGUCAAGUAUUGUGACUGAUGGAGGGUUGGUCCUCUGGAGGACACAGCUCUGUAGGCAGCCUCUGAAAUGGGACACGGCCUCUACCAAGUAACCCUUUCCUGUUCCAGACAACAUGAGCCGCUUUAGAGCGAGCUUCUCCGUGCGCUCUGAUGGGUGAACCACCCUGUUGCUGUUUGCUUGUAUUGUUUGGAAUGAUAUCAUGACUCAUGGUUGGAAAGUACUAUGUUUGGGGGUAUUGAUUAGCAUUAAUGGGGUUUAAAUACAUCCACCUAUACUCAAUAAGGUGUAAACGGAGCCCUGCAGUUUUUUCUCAGUAGUUUAAGAUGUUUCCAGCAGCUAAACUCAGUUCUUCCUUGUACAUUCUGGCUUCCCAUCCAACUCACUGUUUGUAUUUUCUUAGCUGCUGACUGAGCAGUGUACAAUAGACUUGUGUUAUGAUAUAAGUUGUGGAUUAAAGUCAUCCAAUGUUGGUAUAACA